AUGGGGUGGCCUUAUCACUUUCUGGAUCUCACCCCCGAGGAGAAGAGCCAUCGUCGGGAGCUGCUCUCGCAAUAUGCCUUCAUCUCGCAAUUAUCAGUAUUGAUUCCGAUUCUUGGCUAUGGGAUCUAUCGACUCUGUGCAUGGCUCUUCGUUAGGAAAGGAGCGUUCGAUGUCGCAUACUCUGCGCUGAGGGAGUUGCCAGGCAGCACCGAAUCAACCCGAGAGUCCAAGGGUGUCUCAUUCAAAGUACUCGCCCGACGAUGGAGGGGUCUCCAGUGGUGGUUGAAUGGAGAAAUUGCUCCAAAUUGGGGAUUGAGAGGACGCUGGAUUGCUGCGAUCGUCUGGAUUCUUUGGCUGCUGGUUCUCUGCUUUGUUCAGACUGGCCACGACUACCUCCAUGUUACAAAACGCUUUGGAAGUGUCGCUGCCGCCCAGCUGCCUCUUCUAUUUCUCUUGUCCAUGCGCACUCGCUAUUCCCCUCUUGUCAUCAUCUUUAGCUCCUCCCAUGAACGGCUUAUCCAUUGGCAUCAGAUUUGCGGCCGAAUCAUUAUGAUCCUCUUGCUCCUCCACGGGGUGUGGUACAUCAACUACUUUGUCCAAACUGGCAUUCUCGCAGAUCGUCUGCAGCAUCGGCAUUCUAUUACGGGGCUGAUAUCGCUAUUUUUUAUGGCCAUUAUUGCAAGCACGAGUCUGGGAAAGGUGCGACAAUGGAAUUACCGCGUGUUCAUUUACUGCCAUAUUACCCUUGGCCUGGCGAUUUGGCCGAUACUUCUCCUUCAUGCGAAGCCUCUCCGGCUUUACGCGGCGGAAGCACUGGCACUUUUCAUUAUUGAUCGAGUUCUACGAUACAUGGAUACUGUCACGGAACCGGCUAUCCUUGAGCAGGUCCCUCAUACAGAGCUGCUGAAGAUCUGGUUCCCCAUGACCUCGACCAAGUUGGCGCGAUUCCAGGCCAAACCAGGCCAGCACGUUUAUCUUUCCAUGCCGUCCAAGCCUACCUGCACUGGUAGUAAAAGCCUGCUCUCCAAUCCUUUCACCGUCUCAGACGUUACUGCCAGCGAAAUAGCGCUCGUUCUUCGAGCUCGACGUGGUCCCACAACGCAAACGCUGCGGACUCACGCAGAUCGCUUCAAGACACACCCUUUGAACAGUAUAGAAGGGCCCUACGGGGGUUUCUUGCCGGUCGCCGAGCUUGUCUCUAGUAUUGACCGUAUUCUUCUUGUGGCAGGAGGCAUUGGAGCGACAUUCAUAUUACCCAUCUAUCGGGCUUUGCAGGAGCAGCUCGAGAUGGAGGCCGGGGGGUCCGACCGACUUAACCUCACCUGGGCACUCAGGUCAGCUGCGGAGGCUGACUGGGCUACGGAUUCUGAAAAACAGACGUUUGCUCAAAGUUCCAAUGUUCACAUUUACUUGACACGACAUCAUCUGCAUGGAAAUGCCCUAGAAAAUGCGUUUAACGGUGAAGGCAUGGAGAUGGAUGAACUACGAGAAUCUGACGAGACUAUUGGAGGGGUGAAACCGCUCGCUGGGCGACCUGAUUUGAAGGAUAUUGUUGAUGAAACCUUUAGCUAUCAUGUUGAUGAGCGGGUCGCGGUGAUCUUCUGCGGUCCUCAAGGCAUGGGACGCGAAUUACGGAAUCAUGUUGGUAAAUGGGUAGCCAGGGGCCGAGAGGUGGUUUGGCACCAAGAGAGCUUUGGAUGGUAA